AUGAAUGUCACCAAAACAGUUUAUGAUGAUGAAUUAUGUGUUGGUAUGUGUUCGAACUUGAUUGCUCGAUAUUCACAAGAUGAUAUAGUCCAAGAAUUGCUACGAGGAUUGAAAGGGCUGUUUACAGACGUUGAAAUAUCAAGACCAAUCAAAACAUUGACAAAAAUAUGGCCUAGUGCGUGGCAUUUUCAAAGAUCGAAUAGUAAUGUUACGAAUACAGAAAUUAUGAAUUGGGCUUCAAAGCCAAUCGGAAGAUUUGCUAAAAAUCAAAGUACACACAAACGUACAUAA